CACAUAAUGAAUUAUAAUCAUAAUCAUAAAGCUUUACAGUUAUGUAGAUAUGUGAGUUGAGUCUUGUUUAUGUUUCUUUUUCAUCCCUUUUGACGAACGAAGAGAAAAAUCUCUUACAUCCUUCAAAAAUAUUCAAGGAUUUCUUUUUAGGGACAAAAUCAGGAUUUAAAAGCGGCAAGAGUGCCAUCUUUUUUUUUCUCGACCUCUCUUUCUUCUUCUCUUUUACAAACCUCUCCUCACAAUUCCUUUUAUUUACAUAGAAAUCAGUUCUUCGCACAUAAUGGCACCUAAUUCAAACCAAAUUUUGUUUAUAGUGAUAGUCGCCAUCAUAUUUACUCUUGCACUUAUUGGUAUUUACAUUUUGAUGAGCAAGGCGAAUGACAGGCGAAGAGAAUUACUUGAUCUUGAACAACGCCUUCAAGCUCAGGAAGAAUUUUUAGUCAAACAGCGACAACAACAACAACUGCUAGGAGUUUAUCAACCUGCAAUGGUAAAAGACGGAUAUCAAAUCCAACAAUCACCUUCGUACGUUAUCAUGACGCCUCAUAAAGACAAAAAGAAAUCAAAGCGAGAAUCUUUUCUUCAAAGAGUAUACGGUUUUCGAAAUGCAUCUUCACCAUUUGUUCCUGAUUCAAAGCAACAAAUCAUGAGACCCAGCUCUAUUCGACCACCUUCAUUUUUACCCAUGCGAGAAAAAGAACGCUUCAAUAAUCAAGAGAAUGCACCACCUGCUUAUGAUGAAUACAAGGCAACCAUGGCUAUCAAGAGUGAUCCCAUUCAAGAGAAAUAGUUAAUCUAACAUUUUUUUCUUUUCAUCAUCCAUCAUCAUUCAUUGCUAUGCAUUUUUAUGUUUGUUUCCCUUUAAUUAAACGACAUUUUCAUAUCAAA